AUGUCAACGAUGAUAAGCGGAGAAAUUCUUCCUCAAAAAGAGUUUGCAUACCCUUUUCGUAUAUUGCUAAGUGGAUCAUCUGGUGCUGGAAAAACUUAUAUUGCAAAGCAAGUUCUUCUGAACAGGCAUCUGUUUCAGAAGAAAACAAAGCGGGUCCUGUAUUUUUAUCCCUGUUUCCUUGAAGAAAAACCCGUUCAGUGGGAUGAUCUUGGAAUUCCUGUUAGCUAUCGCGUCGGUAUCCCAUCACAGGAUGAUAUUGAUGAGAUGAUGCCCCAUACAACGAUUGUUCUUGAUGAUCUUUAUGAAGAAGCGAUUCAAAGUCAAGCUAUAGAUCAUCUUUUUCGAGUCACAAGCGGCAAGCGAAGCCUGAACGUUAUGAUUAUGACUCAAAAUAAUUAUGCUGCUGGAAAAUUUGGUCGUAACAUUCGUCUGAACUGUAACGCAACGUUUCUCUGCCGAAACUGUCUUGACGGAACAAUCAAUAAGAGAGUUUGCAAUACAGCUGGGCUGCAAAAAGCGUUCAAGAGAGCGUCCGAAGAUAUCAAGAACAAAUCAUAUCCUUACAUGUUUCUUGAUCAAUCGCCUCGAGGUCAUGCCUCAAGCUACCGGCUGUACACGGAUAUAUUCUCAAAAUAUCCUGUUGUCUACUCAGUCACCGGUAUGAAGGCUUGCAUCGUACCCUUCAACGAUUUCAAGCAAAACUUCAACAUUAUCGAAAGAGAAAAUACUUUCGAAGCAACAGCGAAGAAAGAUGACGAAAAAUACUCAUCGUGCAAAACAAUCGAAACAUCAAGGGUUAAAGCAAAAACAAGAUGUGACAGCUUUACAGAUGACUCGUCAGAGUCGGAGGUUGAGAGGAAAAGAACCAGAAAACGACGAAAGAGAUCUGUCCCCGAGAAGAAAUCAAAGAAAAAGACAAAGAAAUCCAAGCGAAGACGACCAUCAACUUCCUCCGAAAGUGAAACAUCCUCAGCAAGCUCAAGCUCAGAUUUUCUCGAAUGGCCUAAUUCUCUUAUCACAGACGAAGGCUUGGAAUUCUACAAUGUCAAUGUAAAAAAAAUUCUUGAUCGCUAUGGAAUGCAUCACUAUAGUAUCAAAACAAAAUUGAAAGCGAGUAUGGCAGAACGAGUCAAUCAAACCAUCAAAAAACGAGUGGAGCUGUUUAUGAAAUCAAACAAAACUAAAAAUUGGAUCGAUGUUCUUCCAGAAAUAGUCAAAGGCUACAAUUCCACUCCUCAUCGAGCCAUUGGAAUGGCACCAAGCCAAGUCUCACAUGAAAAUAGAGCACAGGUCUUCGCUCAUCUCUUCCCGGAUUUCGAUUUGAAAGUCAAACCAAGACUCAAAAUUGGGAACGUUGUCCGAGUAAAAAUAGAGAAGGGUAUCUUCGAAAAAGGAUAUACACAAAACUGGACAGACAAAAUUUACGUCAUAAUCGAUAUCAGACAACGAGCCGGAGUAGUUUGGUAUAAAAUUGCAGACGAAGAAGGAAAUAGACAACCUGGAAUAAAGUACUACUUUGAGCUUAACUUCGUUGCAGAUGAUCUUGAAUCUUUUCGAGACAAUGACCAAGGAGCUGAAAGUUCCUGA